GCCAAGAUGGAGGAGUACGCGCGCGAGCCCUGCCCGUGGAGAAUAGUGGAUGACUGUGGUGGUGCCUUCACAAUGGGAGCCAUUGGUGGAGGCAUCUUUCAAGCCGUCAAAGGAUUCAGAAAUUCUCCAGUAGGUGUAAAUUAUCGCUUGCGGGGUAGUUUGACAGCUAUUAAAACCAGAGCGCCACAAUUGGGAGGUAGCUUUGCUGUCUGGGGUGGUCUCUUCUCUAUGAUUGACUGUAGUAUGGUGAAAGCAAGAGGAAAAGAAGAUCCUUGGAACUCCAUCACCAGUGGUGCCUUAACUGGUGCCAUAUUAGCUGCAAGAAAUGGGCCAAUUGCCAUGGUUGGGUCUGCAGCUAUGGGAGGAAUUCUUCUAGCUUUAAUUGAAGGAGCAGGUAUCCUAUUAACAAGGUUUGCAUCUACACAAUUUCCAAAUGGUCCUCAGUUUUCAGAAGACCCCUCGCAGUUACAACCCUCUCCAUUUGGAGACUAUAGGCAGUAUCAGUGAUGUCUUGUAUUCUCCUGUUUCAUGUUGUACAAAUUGUCGCCCUUAAAAGGGCAAGCAAGAUGCAGCAUCACUUGAAGACUUUGCAUUGAACGUGUACAUCUAGAUGUUUCCGUAUUUUUCACAAUAUUUAAAAGAUUAUGAAUACUGGGAUUCCAUUAUUGUAAAAUGGAUAUGAAAUGCCUGAAAAACUCCUUAGUUGAGCCUUGUCUUAAGAGGACCAAGCAAUGUAUUGUUACAGAAAGACAUGAAUCUGAGGCCUUUACAUUAUAGUCUUGACCACAAUGGUGCCAUGAAGUUUAAGGGUCAGAACAGCCAUGCAGCACCAGAGCUGCCUGCCCAAUACGUCAGAGGAGAGUGUGGAAGUAACAGGGCAAAUGGAAUGUGUCUGCUUGUUUUCCUUCUGUCUCCUAACAGACUUCAAUACCACAUUUAGAUAUGAGACUGACGUGUUAAGGAAAAUCAUUACAAUGUUUGAAUGUUAACACUUGGAAGUGGUAUUUUGUUGGCGAAAACUACUGAGGGAGUCCAAAAAGCUAUACAGGCCACCUUUCUUUGCUUUGUAAAGUAUUUAAGGAUUCACAUUGGCUUUUUCUAGGGUUGUCCUAGGCUAGAAGGCUGCGCAGUUUUAAUGCCUGAGCACUUUGAGCCCUUACAAUUAGGUCUUGUAUGUAAUUUACAUAAUAGUGUAUGAGGGGGAUGCUGACAAUCUGAUGGCGUAAUUUUCACAUGUAAAGUCUACUGCUCAUAAACUUGACAAGUUUGCAGAGCCUGUAUAUUUUCAAGCUUUAGCUGUUUUAAGUAGACUUUCCAUGCCUGAAUACAAAUUAACAAUACAUCCACAUUUACUUAAUUGAAACUCCUACUUUGCAGAGAAGCAUGCUUGUAAAUGUGUAACGUUCAGCAAGCUGAAUUACACUUGGUAAUCCAGACACUUGGCAUUAUACAAUGUUUAAUUACUGUCCAAUAUUUUACAUUAGAAUGUGCACAAGGUAUAAAUGUACUAUUUGUCUUCAACCUAAAUAUGUGAAUGAAGAGCUACCUGUACCUACAAGGUGAACGACUCCAUAAGCUGUGUCAGUGGGAGGACUCAUUAGAAACUUGAAACAAAAAGAAAUGAAGACUCUAUUUGCACAAGCACUUGUCCAAAAAAACCAACAGUACAAUACUUGCCGGGUCUCUUUGCAAAGCUAAAAUUAAAUUACGUCCCUCUAGUGGCAACCUGUGUCUCAUUACUCCA